AUGGGAGCCAUUAGAGUGCCCCGUACGAGCCCCUGAAUAAUAAAUGAACAGAUGGCAAGCGUGACCAGAUGGUUUUAUUCUAUUAAUGCACAUAUUGCAACGUGUGACAAUAAUAAAAACAGAUUAGUAAGGCUUCGGAUCCAGAGGCUUCAGCUCUUUCUCCAAAACGAUUCCAGUGGAGAUCUUACAAUAGUGUCUUAUUGCCGUAUCAUCGAGAUUGGCCAUAGAUUGUUGCCAUGUUUGUCCUAGAAACUUAAUGUUUUGUAGUGAACGAGAGGAUUGCUAAAGUAUUGUCCCUUCAGGACCCGGUGGAUCAGUUCUACUACAUCAAGAGGAUGGAGUUCGGAUGGCCCGAGAAUACAAUGACUUGGACGGUGAUUGGUGGAUGAUGGAUCGAGUAAUAAAUACUUUAUUUUCCAAUUCUCAAAAAACUCGGGAAAUUCAUGAAAAAUCGUAAAAAAAGUUGAGAUUUUGAUCAUAGAGGGCUCUGGUUUUUGAGCCAGGACUCCGAUCGAUGUAAGGUUUCUGAAGACGUCACGGAGCUGAAAUCUCAAUGUUUAGCGAAUGUUACAAAAACUUCGAUGGAAAACCGCCGGGAAAGAGUACGAUUGGGACUUCAAGAUCACAACCGAAUAUGUAUGUACAAUAAAUAUCUAAUCUUUCACUACAAAACAUUAAGUUUCUAGGACAAACAUGGCAACAAUCUAUGGCCAAUCUCGAUGAUCGACGUGGCAUGUCCGCCUGGCCUUGACCUCAUGAAGGCCAGCUACGAUGCGUAUCGCCUUAUCAUCGGAGCAUCGUUCGUUCAAAUGGUGCCCAAUAAACUGCAGUGGUAUUCCGGGUUGUCCGCUUUUGAGACCUACACAAGGUCGGAGAAAAUAGAGAUUGAGAGUUGUCACGAGAAAAUGAAUAGUAUCAAUGAGUAUGCAAACAAAAUGAGUCAAAAUGCCAAAUUUGAGUUUCAGAAGACCUCGAGAAACAGUUCUGGCGCCCGGACAGUCGGUACAAUCACACCUACCUUCAGGGAUACAAUAUAAUAGAAGAAGAGGGUCUCGCAACGGCAGACACCCACUUUUCGUUGUUUGUUCGCCUGCGCGCCGACUCGGACCUUUAUUACGGCAAUAAGACUGUUGGAAUGGAAGGCGAUUGGACGUUUUACAUUGAAUGGCAGCCCAGGGACCAGUUUUAUUACAUCAAGAGGAUCGAAUUCGGAUGUCCGCAAGAAGUGGAUGUGCAGAGAAACUACAGGAAUUUGAACUAUCCGCACUAUUGGAAGAUCUCCACUGGAAUCGUUUUGGAGAAAGAGCUGAAGCCUCUGGAUCCAGAACCUUACUAA